AUGGGUGUUGGCGUCGCGUUCGGCGUCGCGGCGCUCGCGCUGGUCGGCGGCGACGGCGCGACGGGGCGCGCCGCGCUCGGGGCGUUCACGGACGUUCCCGUGGCGUGCCUGGAGGCGUGUCGGAACGCCACGCCGACGCUCGUGAGCGCGCUCGAGGCGGAGCCGAUGGAUUGCGCGGCGAUUCAGACGACGGAGGAACAGCAGUGCGUGUUCACGGAACCGGCGUGCGGGCCGGGGGACACGCGCGUGGUGGAGGCGAUACAACAUCACUGCCCGGAUGCGUUGGAAGCAGAUCCGGCGUCCGCGAGCUCGGCGGCGUUGGGGCGAGAAAACGUCGUCGAGCCGGGGCCGACGUCUCUGGGGACGUACCGUCUCGCGCCGCGCCGCGUCGCGCGGAGCGAGGAAACCGCCGCGUUGAAUCCAGUGAAUCGGAGCGCGUACCGUUCGCCCGGGGUCGGUCGCCUCGGGAAGUGGGACUAUUCGGUCGCGAGAUUGCCGAGCAGACGCGAGAGACGCGAGGAGCGGAGGUUCACGCUGCACACGAGCUGCAUCGACGCCAAAAUCAGGAACAAGUGGCCCGAAAUUUUUGGCCCCGACGAGACGCUGACGCACGCGUACGUCGUUCACCACAAUAUGCACGAUAACGAUCCGAACCACGGAUUCUUUGAACUUCACGAAGGUGAAGAGAUGAUCAACGGCGCCGUGAAUUUCUUGAAAUGUGUUUCUACGAAGCUGGGACUCGUCUGCCCGACUUCAGAUGGCAUCUUCGAAGUCACUACGAGGGGUCUCAACUAUGAGUUUGGAUUCGUUGUGAAGAGUGAAAAUGGAAAGGCGCUGUACGAAAUCGGCGGUAACGGCGCUCCACUUUUUGAAAGAAAAUGUCACGAUACCCAACAGUUCGGCGCGUUCUGGAACAGAAUCGUGACGCUCGAACGCAACGCGAAAGACAUUUCGUACGUCUUCGGUGGGUGCGCUGCUUCGUGCCCGAUUCCCGAGUUUUGGUGCCCUGAAGGCUCUUGGUAUCUGGGUGGCACGUGUUCUCUCGCGUGUCCGCCGGGUUACGGCGGUAGUGGGUCGACUCCAACGACGCGACGGUGCACGCAGUGCCCAACUAACUGCAACAAGUGUCUGAACGGUCAGUGUACUGAGUGUACCAACAGGAAAUUCCUUCACAAUGGCGAGUGUCUCGCCGCGUGCCCGAGUGGAUUUCGGUCUGGGGGCUCGAAACGUCUGGUGAACGUGCAGCCGAGUGACUUUGAUGAGUUCGACACGUCAGAGGACGCGCUGUCGAGGUACUCGCAACCAGUAUUUGAAAAUGGCUACCCCAUGAUCUAUUUUGGACACGGGUAUGGAGUCACCGGCACCGCCGCCGCGGAGGAUGUCUUUCACCCUGCAUUGGACGACGCCAAUGAUUGGAACGAGGCUUGGAUAGGCGCCACUAUGGACGAUAGAUGUCAACUCGACAGAUAUUCGGCGGGCAGAUACUGCACCUUCGACCGUGUGAAUGGGGAUGGCGCCGGUAGCUGUUGCACGGCCUACGGUAAAACGGUGUAUAUUUCCAUCGUCGUGGAAGACAGCAGUAGCCCCGAAGCGGCGGAUCUCGUCGCUAAUGCGGGGUUCAGAACACAAGUUGGCUACAGAAGCGCGAACGGGCAGUGGAUGAACGCCAACUCGUGGCUCGGUAGCGCUGGAUCGCCGUACGGACGAUACGCUUGGCGCAACGUCACCUUCACCCUUCGCGUCAGGCGAACCGGCGACACAUCGUUAUGGAUCGGUCACUCCUUGAAAACGCACGGCGAGCCCACUCGCGCCGCCGAUUUCACCGGUAAUCUCCCCGCGGCUUUCGGCGUCGAAGGCGCGAACAUGGGACGCUUCAAAGCGCUCCAAGUCUCUAAAACCGGCGGCUGGGCGGAAGGCGGCGCGGUGGCGUCCGAAAUAAGCGGCGCGGUCAAAACGGAGAGGAAUUGGUUCACCGGUCGCACGUGCGUCGCCGCUUGAGUCCGCGCGCGUCUUUCGAAUUUUCUCGCUCCUCCAA